AUGGCUCACCGGCCGUCGAACCUCGCCACCCCGACUGCCACCGACCCUACCUCUACCCUCAAAUACGACCCUCCAAACAUGGACGACCUUACCCAAGAACAACAGGACCUUAUCCGGAGCAAGGUAGUCCGCUCAAGCCCGCUGGACGCGUCUUUUCUUGCCAAAGAGAAAUUAAACUCCAUCCUGAUGGUGCUUCCAGAACCCCUUCGCAACAACGCGUGGGAGAUGCAUCUCCGAGAGAACAUGUUUCACUUUGCGGAUGAAUACCAACUCCACUCAUUGGUAUUCCGAAACCCGAAAGAUGCGAGCCUUUUGUGCAAGAUAUCCGUCGACUUUGAUUGUCCACUGGACGCCAUGGAUACGAUGCUUGCCGACGAUCUCGCACAGUGCACAGGGCUCGAAGCACUUGAAAUUGGGGCGGAUGAGGCGCUACUGGUGUGUGAAGCGUCACGAAGGGACAAAGGAUACCAGGAAGUGAGGAUGCGCCCUCAGGAUAUCGGCUUCGCUCUGAACCUGCUUGUGCUGCGCCUACGUGGCAUACGGAAACUUCGUCAGCUUCAUAUCCCCAAGGUCACAUUUACCCCAAGAACCCAUGGAGGGCACGAUAAUUCUUACCGACGGCGCACGACAGGCCCCAUCCCCGGAGGAGUUCUCGAGACUGUUGUAGCCAGGGACAUGAUGCGUUCCAACAUAGUCACGAGUCACCAGCUGAAGCCUCGAAAGGGCCACGCAGCAGGUAAAGCGAAGGUGAAAACAUCCCAGAGCGGACCAGCCGGUAAGCGUGGGCAAACCGAUGCCGACGUUCGCAACUUCCUCGACUCAUCCACCAAAGCCGACAGUUCACCGCUGCAGCCGUCCCACUUCCGCUUCCUUGACCUGCCGGCCGAGCUACGUAACCGGGUCUACCAGCUUCUGUUAGGAUGUCACGGCGCGGUCAGCCCGUCAGACCGUGUUCCCUUGAGCGCCGACCUCAAAGACAGCAAAAGCCCCAUCGGCGAAGCGCCCCACUCAGCCCUUGCCCUACUCGAGACAAACAAACAGAUCUACGAGGAGGCAGUGGGUAUCUACUACGCCACAGCCUCGUUCGUAUUCUAUUAUCCCCUCCAAUCGAUGAUCUUUCUCGAAAUCCUCAGUGACAAGCGCAAGUCCUACCUCAGCAGCAUCACCCUCUGGUACAAGAAUCAACGCCAAGGUAGGUUCGACGUCGUCGACAUGGCCAUCCUGCAAUUGCUCAAACUCCGCAAUCUGAAGAAGCUAGAGAUUAUCCUGGACGAGAGGACAGCGCAUCUGUUUGGCACUUCGAGGACCUUCAGGAUGCCCGGAGAGCAGUGGCUGAGGGAGUUGAGCAAGAAUGGCGUCGCCGUGGCGUUUCGCUGCCAGGAGGCUGAUACUAUCUUGUGGCACAAUGAUCCGUCUGAAUACGUCCCUGGUGUCUUCAUGGACAAGUAUAGACAACGCGAUGUCAAUAAAGCCAGGGAAAUGCAGAAGGGGUGCCAGCUGGCGGAGGACAGGAUUACGGAAAACUGA